AAUAAAAAAUCACAAAUUUAAAGCAACUGAAGGGUAAAUGUCAGAAAGCGUUUGCAUAAUUAAAUGUUGGAGGACUGAUAGAAAAUUGAUAUUCAUCCCAGUCGUUUUGAAAAAAAAAAUGUAUUGUUUGGCAAAAAGUAACCCCGGAAUAUAUGUUCUUCUGCCUCUUUCCAUCUGGCUUUCCUGUUGUAUGGAUCAAAGCCUGGGAGAUAUUCUGUUCUCGGUCCCAGAAGAACUGCAGCCUGGUACUUUGGUUGGCAACAUAGAAAAUGCUUUUGGAUUACGGAUAACAAAUAUGUCUGAUCGCCGGUUCCGUCUUGUUUCUGGUGACAGUAAGCCAUCUUUAUUUACAAUUUUUGGGAAUGGAAGCAUAUGUGUAAAUGAAAGAAUUGACAGGGAAGCUAUAUGCGGCAUUAAGACUCCGUGUUAUAUUAAUAUGAAAUUGGUUAUGGACAAUCCCUUAGAGUUGUACAGUAUAAAACUAGAGGUACAAGAUGUAAAUGAUAACGCACCUACAUUUCAUUUUGAUGACUGGCACUUAAAUAUUAUGGAGUCAGUUCCUGUGGGAACAAAAUUUACACUGCAGGCUGCUGGAGAUUCAGAUGUAGGGUCUAAUGGGUUACAGUCCUACCGGUUGAGUCACAGUAGUUAUUUUUCCUUAGACAUUAAACAUUCAAAUGAUAAAUUGCCGCAGCUUGUCCUUGAAAAGUAUUUGGAUAGGGAGCACGAAUCCGUCCAUCGGUUAUCAUUAACUGCAAUUGAUGGUGGGCAGCCCGAGAGAUCUGGCUCAGUCAGUAUCACCAUUAACAUAUUAGAUGCCAAUGACAAUUCUCCAAAAUUUGAUCAGUCUGUUUAUCAAGCUAGUCUAAUGGAGGACGCUGCUGUAGGAACAUUAAUAAUCCAGCUUAGAGCUACCGAUUUGGACGAAGGUACUAAUGGAGCAUUUGAGUAUUCAUUUAGCAGCCACACCCCAGACAACAUACGUGGCUUAUUUGAAAUACAUCCAACAACCGGUGAUAUUCUAUUAAAAACUCAAAUGGAAUUUGAAGAGAUAACAACAUACGAAUUUUAUGUACAAGCCACGGACAAAGGACCAUUUGCUCUCUCUGAUCAUAGCAAAGUCCUGAUAGACAUCGUAGAUGUUAAUAACAAUAAACCCAAUAUCAUACUGACUUCCUUUAAAGGGUCUGUCAGUGAAAAUGCACCCAGGGGGACGGUGGUCGGUUUGAUCAGCGUAACCGACAGAGAUUUUGGUAUAAAUGCGUAUGUGACCUGCAGGAUUUCUGAUAAUAGUCCUUUUGUCCUCAGAGCAGUAGAGGAUUAUUACAUUCUUGAAACCACUAAUCCAUUAGAUCGAGAAUCAGUGGCCUCUUAUAAUGUUACAAUAACUGCCACGGACUCUGGAAUCCCUCCUCUCUCUUCUGAGACAUUUGUUUUUGUAGAGGUUGCUGAUGUUAAUGAUACUCCACCACAGUUCACUGAAGCUUCAUACCGAUGUUUCAUUGCAGAAAAUAAUUCUCCAGGAGAAGGACUAUGCCGAGUCAAAGCCAUUGAUCCAGAUUUGGGAGAAAAUUGUAAAGUUGCUUACUCGAUCGUGGAACAUCAAAUGCAUGGUGUAUCUGUUUUUAGCUACAUAUCAAUUGAUUCCGAGAAUGGUCUGGUGAGUGCUAGGACUAUUUUUGAUUACGAGAAGGUUAAGAAUCUCGAACUAACCAUAAUUGGAAAAGAUCAAGGCAACCCGUCUUUAAAUAGUACUGCCAAAUUGUUAGUUAUUGUAAUUGAUGAAAACGACAACAACCCCACAUUCCUAUAUCCUCCAGUAUCAGUUGGGAAUGUGCCCAUAGAAAUGAUCCCAAGGUCAGCAGAAGCUGGAUUUUUGGUAACAAAGGUAAUAACUGUGGAUGAAGAUUCUGGUCAGAAUGCUUGGCUGUCCUACCAGUUAUUACAUUCCACUGACGUUAGCCUUUUUGAUAUCGAUAAGCAGACCGGUGAAAUAAGGAUCGUUCGCACAAUAAGUGCCAAAGAUAACAGCAGACAAAAACUGGUUGUAGAAGUGAAGGACAAUGGAACACCUAUGCGAUCUGCCACAGUGACCAUCGGAUUAUUACUUUAUGACAAUUUUCCACAGGUGCUUCCAGAUUUUAAAGAACCUACCGAAAGCAACGAAAAAGUAUCCAGUGUGAAUCUGGUUUUAAUCAUUAUAAUAGUGGCUAUUUCAUUUUUAUUUCUGGGGUUAUUGAUUAUAUUUACUACAAUAUCAUGUUGCAGAACCCUUAACUCAGGUACAUGUUACUGUCCUCUUGGUUGUUGUCUUGAGGAACUUGAAAGCUACAAAUUAAAAAUUCCAGGACCAUCUGAUUGUACAUUGCAAAAUAACCUUAUGCAGAUCGUUGAGACUGGAACUCUGUUACAUGGAUAUAAUUACACGACUUUCUUGGGACAAGUAUCACCUAGCAGAAAAGUAUUCUUAAGGAACUCACAAUUAGAACCCUUGGGGAACAAUGCCAUCAUUGCACCUGGAUGCGGUACUGGUGGAAGUGAAAAAAAUGAAGCAGAGGUAUGUAAUAAAGUGUAA